CCGCAUUUCGCCCCAUUAUCGCACUGACUGUUCGUCCGUCCGCAUUCAAAUCACCGAAAUCUCAGCACGAAAUCGUGUAAAUACAAUUUAUCAUAUAAAAUAAAUCGUAACACUACAUACUGCCGCCGCCGCUGCCGUUUCGUGCCUUUCAUAUCGCUACUGUAACCAACGAUAUUAACAUUAAAUAAAAUGCGUUUCGCGAGUUGCGCCGUAUUGGCCGUGUUGCCGUUCUGCAUACAUGCCGCCGUCGUCGUGUCCGCCGACAACAACUACCUGGAAGACUCACCACCGCAACCACCAACUGUAAGCGGAAACUGGGCAUUGGUCACUAGGAUAGCCGAUGAGUGUGCUAAGGAUGCGGAUACAGCAGCUUGCGUAGCUGCCAAAACAGCAGCUGCCCUCGAAAGGGCAGCCCGUACUGCCGGUUCCGUGCAAGUUUUGCCAGGUUUGACUGUACUUAAGAACGCCGACGAAGGAUCUUCAUCGCAGAGGGACUCGCGCGCCCUUCCCACUGAAGAAGAGCUCCGCGGACAGAUGCAACAGCAACCUUCCAGAGUCACCGACAUGGUAAUCAAUUCAGCCAUCAGAUUCCUCCAGUCCAGGACCCUGCAGUUCAAGUUACCACAAAACAACCCAGAAGAGCUGUCCCGGGCUAUUGAAGAAGGCCGUGGAAAACUCAAGAAGAAGGUGUUGCCCAUCCUAGGAUUCCUAGCCGUCAAGAUCGUCGCCGUGUUGCCCAUUCUUUUGGGAAUCAUUGGAUUCUUCGCACUCAAGGCGUUGGUAUUCGGCAAGUUGGCCCUGCUCAUCGCUGGUGUGAUGGCUUUCCAGAAGUAUGCUAGCGCAUCCGGUGGCUUCGGUAAGAUCGCCGACACAUGGAGCGCCGGAAACGUUCAAGCUACCCCAUGGGCCGCAUCCGCCGCCCCCAGCGCCAACGGUGGUGGAUACUACAGACGUAGCAUGCAAGAAGCUCAACAGAUGGCAUACAACGGACAAGUACAACCGUCCGCCCAAACCAUCGCGUAGACUACCAAUAUAAAAAUGUAAUAUCAUUUUAACGUCACCGUAAAUCGCAGUAACUCCAAAUUUUUUUUUCUUUCUCUCAAUCGAACCGAUGAGUUUUAAUAUUAUUUAUAACGACUAUAUACGCAUAAUUGUGUAAGCCUUAUUAUUAUUAUUUUUUUUUUUUUAUAUAAUUUUUUUGUAGUCUCGUGCAACGGUUUUUAGAUAUAAAUCGGAUGGUGUGACAUCUGCAUGUUAUAAUUAUAAUAUUAUUUAUGCGAACGUAUUUUUCGUCGCUAGUCGACAUACACCGUGUAUGCUGACUCGCGACGUAAAUGCGUUCGUAGCACUCGGUAUUAGAUUAUUGUUGCUUUCCGAUAGCCGAGUAACUUUUUGCCAUAUUAGUCUUUAGUUUUCACGAAAAAAGACUUAUCUAAAAUCCUAUACUUACCACGGAAAAGGCAUCUGACAAAAAGUUACCGGCUCGUGUUUGGCCAAUGUGGCUGAUUUUUUUCAAACACAAAAAUAAUUAGAUUAUUACCUGUAAACUCUAAGAGUUAAUAUAAUAAUAAUAUGAUAAAUUAUUUUUUUUUUUUUUAAGUUUGAAUAAGUCAUUGAUUUAUUAACAUAAUAUCAUUAUAAUACAUAGAAUUACGAUUCAUGCCAAAAUUUAAACAAAAAUGUGUCAUUGUAAAUAUUAAAUACGCAUUUGAUAAUAAUAAUAAUAUAAUAUAUGUAAUCAA